CCUUUCCCGUCUACAUCUAUCCUCUAAACCAUCAACUCGGUCGACAUUACUUCUACUUCUCAUAAGUAGAAGUAAUGUCGACCUCAUUUGAUGCAGUUGCAAGUAGCAGCGAUGGCUUCACAUCAACUUCACCGCAAUCGCCUUCUGGUGAAACGAAAGCUACCAUAAUGUCACCAACACCUCAUGAAAACCCCCGAUCCAUCGGAGCUCACAAAUUCACCACAAUCCUUAAUGCUCGUAAAGUCAUCGACCAACAAACCGAUCGCCUUCUCGCCGACACCUCACGCCUACAAUACCUCCUCUUUAAACCUGUCAGCGAGUCUCAGUACACUACCAUUGACAACGGCCGCUACGACAGUCGCCAGACCUUCCCAAAAGGCACGCGCCUUACAUACGAUGCUGAUACAAAUUCACUGAUUGUCAAACUAAUGGCUUCAACAAGACACGAAUCGGCCCACCGAUUAGUUGAGUAUAGGAUCCUCUUCAAGCUCGGCGGUUUUGGGAUUCCUUCGUCAGCAUUAAUUCCAUUUGGCGGCGGGAAGUGCAAAGGCAACUCCACUUCGAAACAACCAGACUCUUCAUACAAACCAUCUUUCCGGGGCAUACAUGGGUGGCCAACUGUGGUCGUGGAAUCAGGCUUGUCAGAGUCAUUGACGCAGCUCCGCAGCGACGUCUCGUGGUGGUUCGUCAACUCAGAAGCACAAGUUCACAUCGCUCUUAUAAUCUCCGUACGCCAAGAUGACCGCAGUAUUGUGAUUGAGACGUGGGAGGUGACCCAACCAGAUGAAGCGCGGAUGAUCACGAGAUCGAAUGCCCAGCAAGUCCCAAUCCGAACCCAAGAGAUCUCUAUCUCCGACGUUGCGAUCACAGGGGCGCCGCUGGUGUUGGAGUUUCCAAAGAUCUUUGAGCGUGCGGCUGUUCCACCAGAGGGGGAUGUUGUCUUCUCUGCUCAAGAGCUGAGAAUGUGGGCGGACGAUGUUUGGCAGGAUGAGAUGGCCUGAUCCAAAUUAAAGCCCUGUGGUAACUCGGUCUGGAACAAACUAUCUGCAGCUUCCCUCUCGAUAGGAAGGCUUGAAAUCACACCAAAGUCUAGCCGCACGACUCGGACAGGCCAAGCGCAAGGAGGAUAUGAAUCUAUCGAGACGCCAGUACAAACCCAGAACACCGUCUUCCAAGAUUCUGUUGAACCACCAACCCCAAGACUGGCGCAAGCAGCAAAGACGUAGCCCAUCGAGUAACCUUGUUGCAGGAUUCCCGACAUGAGACCUCUAGCAUCUACGAGACAGUCGCAAUGGCACUCCCAGAGCCAUCGCAGUAGCACUCCCAUAUACACCGCCCAUAAAAAGGCCAAACACGGCCCGUACGGCGAGAAAGUGUGAAAAUUCCCCACUGUACGGAGAUGGUACCGAUUUGUAGGAUCUCGAGGAUGAUCAUGUGCACAACCAGCGGCCAUUUGCGUCCAUAGCGAUCUGAGAAGAGGCCACAGAUGGCCCCGCCGACCGAACGAAGUAAAAGGGUGAGGCUGAUGGUUGUGGUGAGUUGGAGGAGGUGGAGACGAGGGAUCAAAAGACAAAGGAGAUUCCGGCGUAGGUGUUUUGCAUCGGUAAGGGGCUCAGGUUCCACGAUAUGUCUAUUAGCACAUUGAGAGUAUUAAGCAACUGAAUUACAAG